UUUCAAGAAAUAUUAAUGCCCGGUCUCAUCUACCGGGACCUGUCAUACGACUUUAACGGACAGCACACUCAUUUUUCAAUAACUCAACACGGAAACGUGGAUCUGGUGGUGUUCUCAUCUCUCGGAAGGAUAGGACAAGUUAUUGAAGUAAUAUUUCCUGAAGCAAUCAUCACAGAAGCGUUAUCUACGCAACAACGAGUUGAAUACGAUACUAAGCUGCUGCUCGGAGGUGACGAGGCAAACGCGGACUUGUUCAUCCGACGGCUUGUGCUGUAUCUGGCAUCAUUAGGCCGGCGAAAGCGUUUGAUUGUCUCGAUUGGCAUUCUUAAGGUUUUGAUGGCCUCACAGUUGAAGAUAUUGCAAUGGCUAUGCAGCAACUCGAAAAACAUCUUUAGGGUAUACUCAUCUAAUCCCGCGAGCAAGCCUUCUUCGUCAAUCGCUACUACCUCCAAAAAGAAGAAGACCAUAUUUCUACCUCAAACUUCAUUUGUAAAUCAUAUUAAGUCUUCUGAACGUGCCAGCCUUGACCAACAAUUGGCCAUAAAUGGUGGCCUGACCACACUGUACGAAUGGCAACGCGAACAGCACGAUAGGACGCAAACCUUUGAACUUCUUGAUGGACCUCCCUAUGCUAAUGGAGUCGCACAUACUGGACAUGCGAUCAACAAAAUUCUCAAAGAUUUCAUAGUUAAAAGCCGGAUUGCUUUAGGCUACAGAGUCCGAUUCCGGCCUGGGUGGGACUGCCAUGGCUUGCCCAUAGAGCUGAAGAUCACCAAGAGUGUACAGGGAAAAUCAUCGCUUGAGAUCCGAGCUCUUGCUCGACAAGUUGCAAAAGAAGCCAUUGGCAAACAGAUGAACUCCUUCAGGAGAUGGGGUGUCUCAGCCGACUGGUCAAAUCCUUAUCUUACCAUGGAUCCUCUUUAUGUUUCGGAACAGCUACAACUCUUUGCGAAAAUGGUUGAGAAGGGAAUAAUCUACCGUGCUUUCAAGCCCGUUUACUGUUCCCGCACUGCCCUUGCCGAGUCGGAGUUGGAAUACAACGAGAAGCAUACAAGCACCUCGGUAUAUUUUCGGUUCAGAAUGAUUGAUGUCGAUCCCGAAAUUAUCGGGCUCAAUCGUGCAUCAACGAAGCCGUUAAUUAUCUAUGCAUUGGCAUGGACGUCGACCCCGUGGACUCUUCCUUUGAACAAUGCCAUCUGUGUUUCUUCCAAAGAGAAAUAUUUGGCUUUCAGCUUUGAUGAUACCUCUAAAGCGCCAGUUUCUGAAGUCUACCUAAUUGCUGAGCCGCUGCUUAAUUCAUUGAUAGAAACCACAGGACGGCAAGCUACAGUCGUCGGUAGUUUUCGAGGAGAAGCACUGCUGGGAAGGCAUUACAAGAGUUGUUGGCACCCUGAGCUUUCUCUGCCUAUCCUUUCUGGAGAACAUGUUACAAUGACGAUGGGCACAGGGCUUGUCCACACUUCUUUUGCACAUGGAUUCACCGAUUACGAGAUUGGCUUAGCUGGAAAAUACAAAAUUGAGAGUUUUGUCGAUGAAGAAGGUCGCUAUACGAGACAUAUGGGUUAUAAACUCGAGGGUAAGGAUGUUCUCGGUGAAGGGCAGCGAGAAGCUAUCAGCCUGCUCAAGAAGGAUGUCGUGCAUGAAGGCAAAUAUAAACAUUCGUACCCUUACGACUGGCGAACUAAGAAGCCUGUCAUAAUUCGCAGUAGUGCACAGUGGUUUUUGGAUGUGGCUACGAUUAGCAAGAGAGCUGCAGAAUUACUAGAAGGAGUCAAGAUUGGCACUGAUGGGUCGGACCUCUCUGGGACCCUUCAGCGCAUGGUAGCAAGUCGUCCAAGCUGGUGCAUAUCCCGUCAACGAGUCUGGGGAACACCUAUACCUGCUCUUGUGGAUGAAAAUGGAAGAGCUUACCUUUCUAAGGCGCUGGUAGAACGUGUGGCUGAUAUGAUAGCCGAUAAGGGUGCGGAUGUUUGGUGGACAUGCUCGGUUGAGGAUUUAGCUAAUGAAGAAGUUCUCAAAUCUUUGUCGCUGGAUACAGCUGAUGGAUUAUCAAAAGGCACUGACAUAAUGGAUGUUUGGAUGGAUAGCGGUGUUGCAUGGCACUGUGCCAGGGAAAUGUACGAGGAUGCUGAUACUACGAAACCCACUGACAGCGUUUUGGAAGGCGUGGAUCAGUUUCGUGGCUGGUUCCAGUCCAUGCUUCUUACCUCUGUAGCUGCUCAGGAUUCAAUCCCUUACAAACGGAUACAUGUUCAUGGUUUUUGUGUAGAUGACAAUAACAAAAAGAUGUCGAAAUCAUUGGGAAAUGUUGUCGAUCCGGAAACGAUCACCGACGGGUCGCUACGACAGAAAGCUUUGGGAGCGGAUGGGCUCAGGCUCUGGGUGGCUUUAUCGGCUGGUGAGACCGUGGGAGAGUCUAAGAUCGGCGAGAAGGUUCUGGCGGAUUUGGAGAUGAAGCUUGCUGCCAUCCGAAACUCGCUUAGAUUUUUGCUUGGUGGUUGUUUUGGAUAUCAGGGCCAGCGACCGUCAUCUCUACCGCUUUUGGACCAGUGGAUUUUGCGCCAGUCUCACCUAUUCGGAAUCCGAUGUGUACAGAAUUACGAGAAUUGUCGUUUCCGUACUAUCGCUUUGGAUCUUCUCCACUUUGCACAGCGAACGCUCAGUGCACAUUAUAUCAGCCUUGUCCGUGAUCGACUCUAUUGCUCGAAAGUUGGCUCAAACGAACAUGUAUCCGCACAGUAUACUCUACAUAGGGUUGGAACCAAUCUGGCAAGAUGCAUGGCUCCACUGCUGCCUCAUCUCGCGGCUGAAUUUUUUCAACACCAGCCAAUGUGCUCUCAAAAACAGAUCUUGCGAGACGUCUUGAAGUUUGACGAGGAAGGUCUCAAUUUGGAUCCUCAGCUCGAUCCCAUCAUGGAGAAAGUGAUACAACUGAGAAGUGAUUUAGCUGCGGCCGCCGGUCCAUCGUGUGAUUUAUUCAAAGAGGGUGCUCUUCUGGAACUAUCGCAGGCUACCAAAUCCCUAUUAGCUCCAUGGCAAGACACCGAAACAUCCUUCAACUCGCAGUUGUGCGAAGUUUUCGGCGUAUCUAUGGUCAAAAUCCGUGACGCAGAACAGGAUCGCAUCACACCGAUCAAGAGCGAAGGCUUGUUUUGCGAUAGAUGUCGAAAAAUGAAUAGGAAGAAAACGGAGAAACAUUGUUGUAGGUGCACUGAAGCAUUGGAGAGUUUAACUUUAUAGAUUUCAUAAUUUACUUUUUUUAUUUUACUUGUUGAGUUUUAGUUUGAUAGUUUUACACUGCACAUGUUGAGAUUGUUUAUUGUUUGCGCUUGAAGAUAAACAACAUUACAAGGAUAAGAGAUCAAUUAUCGAGGAAGUAAAUGA